GUCAUAUCGCGCUAUACGCAAAAGACAGCGAAAAGUCACACUUAUUUGAAGAUUCUUGUAAGCUUCCAAAAAGCGAGUAAUCAUUCGCAACAUCCAGUUCCAGAAGCUUUGACUCCUUCAAGUUGCCGUAACGCAUUCCAGGUUUGAAGAUGAUGACGUGGUCAGUUAUAAGCCUACUGCUGGUCGUCGCCCUGAACGUCAGCGCCCGCUCCUUCUCUCCCGUCGACGUCCCUGACCCACCCAAGUCUGCCCAACGCGCUGCAGCUCCUCGGGGCACAAAGCAGCUGCCUGCCGCCCUUGCCAGGAUCGCCAAGACCCGACCAGACACAACUUCCUCGGAUAAGAAGCCAACGAUUUUGGAUACUCUGGACGGAUCCUGCAAACAAGCUUGCAAAUUCGGCCUGGCACGACCUGGUUGUGUCUGUUCGAAGGAUUCGCCAAUUGAGCUGUGCAAGUUGGCGUGUGAUCUCAAUGGAGAAGGACCUGACUGUGAGUGCACAGUCAUCUCACACGCAAGGCCUGAGGGUAUGAGCGAGGUUCGCGUUGUAAUAUCAGAGAGAGUUGUCAUCUCAGUCAUCAGGCCCGACAACAACGGCAUCAAGGAUGAAGUAACGACCAUUAACCCUCACACGGACGUGCCGGCCAAGUCCACGACCUUGAGCCCCAUUGACGAAUUCUGCAAGGAAGCCUGCGAAGAGGGCGUUGGAGGGCCUGAGUGCAACUGUGCUGACCAUCCUAUUGGCUGAACGUCAUCAGUCAGGGAACAACCACCCAAUGGCUCGAAAUGAGACUUCAUGGGUGGUGAUCUACCAAGCAUUGCAAGUGGCACCGUGGUAAGUAGCACCGGUUGUUACUUCAGCUUGGAAAACUAUGUACAAACCAGGGAGGUGGGAUAUCCUUUGGGAUUCAAAACUCCAGCAUGGGCCAUGGAGCAACUGAUCUGGAUUACCAAAAACAAAACAGAAAAUCUCUCAAAUUAAAUCAUAAUAUAUUUCCCUUCUUCUAAUCAAAUUUGAUUCUUUAUGAAAAGUAAAAUUUGAGUAACUGAUUUUUUGCUUUGUACCCAAAGUUUGUUUCCAAAAACAGAUUGUAUAAAGUUCAUAGAUUGAUUAAUAUUUUAUAGUUUUAUAUUCCUUUAUAUUUUUAUGUUGUGGUGUUUAAACAGUGCUAACUGCUCAGGAUCUGUGGAUGAUGAUGGUGAUAGUGUGAAAAUAAAGACUGUAUUGUUA